ACCUGAGCGCUGAGGGACCGGCAGGCCAGCCCUGUCCCGGGCGGGCUGGGUUCGCUUGCCUUGGUUCCUGGCCACUGCUCAUGUAAUGCACUCCCUGAACCAGGAGAUUAGGGCUUUCUCCCGGGAUAACCUCAGGAAGCAAUGCACCAGGGUGACGACGCUCACUGGGAAGAGGCUCAUAGAGACGUGGAAGGGCGCCAGGCUUCACGUGGAAGAGGCGGCGCCGAGCGGCGGCGCGGGCGGCUACGUGCAGGAUCUCAGCUCGGACCUGCACGUGGGCGUGGUUAGGCCCUGGUUGCUCCUGGGGUCACAAGAUGCUGCUCAUGAUAUGGAUACACUGAAAAAGCACAAGGUGACUCAUAUUCUCAAUGUUGCAUAUGGAGUUGAAAAUGCUUUCCUGAGUGACUUUACAUAUAAGAGCAUUUCUAUACUGGAUCUGCCUGAAACCAAUAUCCUGUCUUAUUUUCCAGAAUGUUUUGAAUUUAUUGAACAAGCAAAAAUGAAGGAUGGAGUGGUUCUUGUUCAUUGUAAUGCAGGGGUUUCCAGGGCAGCUGCAGUUGUAAUAGGCUUCCUGAUGAAUUCUGAAGAAAUCUCACUUACCAGUGCUUUUUCUUUGGUGAAAAAUGCAAGGCCUUCCAUAUGUCCAAAUGCUGGCUUCAUGGAGCAGCUUCAUACAUAUCAAGAGGGCAAAGAAAGCAAGAAGUGUGACAAAAUACAGGAAUUAGAAGGGGACAGCAAUUCAUGAGUUACAUUCUAGCCGAUGAUGGACAAUAGUUUCUGAGUUGGCCUCUAUAACCACCUUUUCCCUUUUUGGGAGAGUAAACUAAUAAAAACUUUUUCUCUUGCUUUUUUUUUUCUCCCCCGAGUGAAAAUAGAGGUCAAUUGAUUGUCCUAAGCUAGCAUAUGAACAAUUUAAAAAAUUAUAUUAUGUUUUCUUUGGUAUUAUAAUGUGUGAGUAAAUGCUUCUUUGAUUAGCUAGGGGAGAAUAACAAUGUAUUACCAAUAAUUGAUUUCUGUAGAAGAAAAAAGCUUAAAUUUAAAAUCUAUGUUAGAGUAUGGAAAGAUUAAAUCAGUUGGUUAAGACUUUUCUAUUCCAGCAACUGUAUCCAUGAAGGAAGAAACCUGAAAUGUUACCAUUUCAGAAGGAGAUAAAUUUCUUUGUAAAUAAUUUAAGAUUAAAAAUCAAUACCUUAAAACUUCCAAAAUAGGUAACCAAAAUGUGAAGGUUUACACAGUAGUUAAUCAGUGGUUAUAAUAUUCACAAAAUUUUUAAGUCCUUUUGUACCCACUUUUCAUUUUUAUUUUUUAAAUUUAAUUAUAUUUUCUGCAUUUAUUUAUAAGUUCUUGGGUAGAUUUUCUCUCUUACAUUAUCAUGAGCUUAUGGUUCUAUAAUUAGGUGAUCUAGUCUCUUACAUUGUGUGCUUUUCACUCUGGAUCCCUAGUAUUCUGUUUUUGGGUCCCAUGAUAAUAUUUUUUACCUUCUUGGAUCUGUAGGAAAAUAUUUUAUACUUAAAAAUCAUUUUUUAGAUGUCAUUUGUUCAAUAUGUUUUCUAGUUCAAUAUUCUACUAGGAAACAUAGCUUAAGGAAACAAGGGUUAUGGUUUUAUAAGAAAUUUUAAAUACAUUGUUAGAAAGCCUAAAAUUAUUUACAAUUUUACCUCUGGCCAGAGGCUUUGAAUAGCUUCUUUUUUAAAAAAUUAAGUCUCCAUAUUGGCAAGGCUAAUCUCCACAUUAUAAAUUUGCUUGAACAUAUUCUUUGACUUAUUAAAAAUAAAAUAUACUUAAAAUUAAUAUAAUAAUUAUGAAAGGAUUUAUUUAAUAGCUUUCAAGUAACCUUUCAUGACUUAGAAAAUGUAGCCAUUUAGAUUUUUUUCAAGAAAGCCAACUCUUCUUAAAUACAAAUUAUAGAGAGCUAGUAUAUUCCCACACAUAAGUUGGAAAGUGCACAUUGAGCACAUCUGUGCAUUCAAGAAAGCAGGCUUUCCUAUGCUGUCAGGAGCAAAAAGUAGAAGUGAUAAAUGAGAAUUAUGUCUCGAGAUUGCUUACAGCUUAACAAGAUGCCAUCACAUGCAAAACUAUGAACUUUGCUUCUGUUGAGAAGCAGUAUAAAUGUAAUCAGCCUAGAGUGCGUUGUCUGAAGCCCAACCAACACAGACAGAAGCCUCUUAAAAACAAGACUGAUGUAUAAUGCUGUGCCUGUAGUCAGUAUUGCUGAGGGUUUGCAGGGUGAAGCUUUUCCAUUCAGAUGAAAACAUUUAUUUAAAUACAUUUUCUUUUUCAAGGUGCUGUUUAGUUUUCAGCCAUUAAAUGCUGUGACAUGAAGCUUUGAGUAGAACUUGUUCACGGUGGAUAGUAUAUUACUUAUGUCUGUAUUUUGUAUGCUUAACUGUUGCCCGUAGUGAUCUGGUUCUGGUACAAGCUCAUAUCUUCUGUAUCAUUUACAGAAGUGCUUUGAGCAUCUAUUUCAUCUUAUCUUAAAUGAUAGUAGUUUGCUGUAUCUAAAAUAGAUCAAUAAAUAUAAUUCAGUCUUUUAAAUUAGAGGUACAUGUAAGGCAAUGAUGGGUCAUAUAUAUAGUAUGUUUAUUGUGUUUACCAUGGAUAUAAGUCACUCUGUCACACCUCAUUAUUUAUAAAAAGGGAUGUUAUCAUUAUAAUUCUUUAUCUCAUGUAUUAUAAAUUAAAAAUGUAUAUCAAAUAUAGGUCUGUUUUGAGGGAAAUAAUUCAAGGUGUUUUUACCUCUAUUUUAAAAUAAAAUUUUCUACCAUUUUUUAAAGGAAAGAGGAAAUGAAAAUAUCAUUUGUUUUUAAACAUUGAAAAAAAAUAUAUAGAGCCUUCCUAGCAACCUGAGAAAGAUGAGCAGAAAAAGGUACUGGGAAACAUGAUAAAAUUCUAUUUAUUUGAGGUUAAUAUUUUUAAAAUGUUUUGCUAACUUUAUGCUUUAAUAUAGGUUUGAGAUGACAUAUAGUUUGAAUUAAAAACCAAGAAAUAUUUAAAUUUUUGGAAAACUGAAGAAAUCUUUUUCUUAGAUUCUUUUGGGUAAAAUUUAGACCAUUAUGUUAACGCAAAGAUUUCAGAGGAGAUGAAGUAUUUAAAAAUUGUUUUUGCAGUUUUACUUUUGCAUUACUUCUUCCCUGUUGAACCUCAAAUGAAAUGUACGGAUAUGUAUUGUGUAACUUAGGGAACAUACUUCCAUUCUGAUUGAUAUUUUCAGUGGUGAUGGGGAAAACCUCCUGAACUUGUCACAUGAUUAUUAGUAACUCAAGUGGUUCAAAUGUAUAUAGCAAGUCCCCCUCAACGGUAAUUUCUCCAAAGAUUCUUGAAUGUAGCAAGUAAAAAUCAAAGUACUGUUAUAAUCUUAUCCAGUGAGUUAACUUCAUAAGCAAAGCCACAAUACAUUUUAAAAUAACAGAAAUGUGGUGCAAUGAAUUAUUUAGUUUUGUCAGGUAACCCUAAAUAGUUGAUUUUUCUGCCCAAGGGAUCCUGAGCAUAUUUAGUCACCCAGUAGUUAUUUAAGAAUUUAAACCAGAAGAUUUUAAAGUUUUCUAUUCUUGUAGUAUAUACAAUGGUAUUUACAGUUAACAAGUUUAUGGUUGUUUUUAUUGGUAUACUUAAAAAAUAGGGUAAACUUUUCUAUUUCAAGUGAAGCUUGACUUGUUUUGUAUCCAUAUUUAUAAUGUAUCCUUUACUGUUCCCAGGUAUUGAUAUACUUAAUUAAAAUAAUAAAUUUACUAUUUCCCAUUAAUUCCUUUAUUUCUUUGAGGUUGUUUUAAAAGAUUUAACACCUAUUUGCUGUCAAAUUCUAGGUUCAGAAAUCUGUUGAAAGGAUACAAAAUUAUACAUUUCACAAUGUAAAUUAGUUUUAGUUCUAUAAAGAUUUGUUUGCUCCAGCCACUUUAAGAAAUGAAAAGCUGCCCGGCUGUGUGUGGUGCAGAGGUUGAGCAUCGACCUAGGAUCCAGAAGACUGCAGUUUGAUUCCCGGUCAGG